AAUUAAUCCUCCAACUUGGUGCCACCCCACUACUCUUUUGUAUCCGUUCCAUUCGCUUUCUCUUUCUUCUGCCGCCACAAAUUUUCUUGGGCCAGUUUUACCGCGCACCGGAAAAUCAAGAAUGGAGGCUUUGAAGAUGAGAGUAUUUUUGGCUUUGGUGGUUGUUGUCAUGGCUUUCUCCGCCGUACAGAAUGUGGCAGCUCAAGAAGCACCAGCUCCUAGCCCUGCCUCUGAUGCCACCAUAUUUGUACCCACCAUUUUUGCUUCUUUCGUAGCUCUUGCUUUUGGGCUUCUAUUUUAAAAUGGUGGAGUUUUUUUAUUUUUUAUUUUGAAAAAAAUUUGAUUUGGGUUAUUGAAUGGGUACAUUCUGAGUUCUUUUGCUUAGGCUCUUUCUUUGUUGCCCAGUUGGAUUGGGUUCGUAAAAAGGGCUUAGGGACUUUUAUUUGUAUUUUGAUUUUUAAUUAUUUGUAUAAUUGAUGUAAUUUGUUAUUAUUUUUGUACAAUUUAAUGUGAUUUGUUAUUCUUAAAUUUUA